ACAAGUUUUACGAUGCCAUGAAAGAAACCAGAAACUUUUGUUUAUAGAAAGACGAGAACUGGGUUAUUACUUUUACAAUUUAAAUCAGAACACAUUUUAAAGUUUAUUUUAACAUCACGGUGCCUUUGUUAUCGGAGAAUUUUGUACCGUGUGAAACAGGAAUUACUGCCAAACGAGUCAAAACGGUACCAAAAGUCUUUGGAAUCGGGUCGCGUCAAAGAUUUGUGUUGUGUGUGGAACUAGGUUAAUGCGUUUAAACUUGUAAACUAUUUUAACUCUAGUUUUCGUUGACUGUGUAUGUUUUCGGGAUGUUUUUAAUUUUCACGAUAUCGUUAUUUUUGGUGUUUGGAUUAAGUGAAGCUAAAAAGGGACCAUGUUUUAAUUUUAAUGGAAACGAUUAUUUAAAAUACAGACUAGAAAAUGUAGAUAUAGCACACAAUGUUUGGUAUAAACUAACUUUUAAAACAGAACAAGAAAACGGACUACUUCUGUACGCGGAAGGUUCUCAUGAUUAUGAAGCAAUAUUCCUACGCGGUGGAAAGUUACACUAUUUCUUGUUUAACCCGAGUAGCCACGGUGUCGGAGGAACGUUUGGUGGACAGUUUAAAAGCGAUGCUAAGGUCAAUAAUGAAACUUGGAUUACUGUAGAAGUGUUCCGAAACCGAGAACCAAAGUUGAUGCAAAACGAUCCUCUAAUCGGAAUGGUGUUGACUAGCGAAGAUGGCGAGAAAGAGAAACAUAUCGAAUACGGGGCUCGACAUGACGUCCAGAUAGUUCUUCCUAUUUACAUUGCUGGUACAAACAAAGAUUUGGGUGCCGGAGGGCAGAAAUUCGUGGGUCAGAUUAAAGACAUGAGAGAAAAGUUGAGUGGUGCGGUUUUUAACGAGCCAACAUGGAACAGUGGAGCUUUAAGAUGUCUGGAUAUUCGCCCAGCACAAUAACACGUCUUCAAUGGUGGAGAUGUAGUCUCGAACUAACAGUACAGUCCAACAUAGGAACAUAGCUUUACCGAUUCAAAAUUAAAGAGAUUGUAAAGAGGUAACAAGAGCCACAGACGUCUGAUUGAAAAUUAGAAUGAUGUAAAUUGAUGCUAUCAGUGUCUCUGAUAC